AGUCUGAGGGCAUUAAUUGAUGAAGGUGUCUCCGGGCUCGCUCACUUCCCCUCUGUCAUUUUAUUUGUGGCUAACCCUGCAGCCAGGAUAGCAGCUGCAUUUAGGCUCUUAUUCGCUCUCUCUCUUUCCCUCCCUCCCCCUCUCUCUCUCUCCCUCCCUCCCUCUGUAGCUCACUCCCUACCCCUCUCUCUCUCUCUCCCUCCCUCCCUCUGUAGCUCGCUCCCUCUCCCUACCCCUCUCUUCUCUUUUUUAUCUUCUCGUUGUGGCAGUGGUAUACACCUUCCUGCCGUGCUGCCGGUCAGAGGGAGUGAGCCGGAGAGGAGAGGCAGGUAGGGGUUAGCAGACAGUCAGCAGCCGGCCUGGCGGUACAAUCCCUCGCAUUCCUCCACCAUGCCUGGUCCGGGGCAGGGCCCGAGGACAGAUGCUGUGAACCCAUCCGACACCGCUCCAUUUAACUCCGCAUCUCAAAGUUUGCCUGUCCAUGACACAGCGUGGAGGUACUAGGACGCAUCAGCAGCGACAGACUGGCGCGUCAGAAUGCCUUGAGCUCAAAACAAGGAGUUUAUUCCUUUUUCUUUUCAUAGCUGCACGAGGACAAUUGAUCGAGAUAAAUGCUUGGAUUAUUACAAUAGAGAGGGAAAAGCAACAUGGGAGACCUGAAGUGUGGGUUUGAGGAGAUGCAGGGAGUGAGGCUGGGAUACCUGCUGAUAAAAGGAAAACAAAUGUUCGCCCUCUCCCAGGUCUUCACUGACCUGCUGAAAAAUAUUCCCCGGACCACCGUGCACAAACGCAUGGACCACCUGAACGUUAAAAAACACCACUGUGAUUUGGAGGAGCUGAGAAAGCUCAAAGCAAUACAUUCUAUUGCUUUCCACGCGGCUAAAUGUACUCUGAUAUCACGAGAGGACGUGGAGGCGCUUUAUUUCUCCUGCAAAACGGAACGGGUGUUAAAAUCCAACAAAAGAAAAGCAAAGAACGCCAGUUUACCCGAGGAUGUGGGCGAGGGCAAGCUUCACGCGGACACGCACCCUACCGGGUUAUGGAAGGAGAAAGUUUGGUUAAGUUUGCACAGCGUGCCACAGACUCUUUCCCUCAACAAAUCCAGCAAGAGAGAGCAACCAACCUCGCGCCCUGACUCCAAUCUACCUCAAAUUUACAAUAAAUCCCUCGGUCAGGAUUAUUCCUUUGUCACCAAGUCGGCAUGUAAACCUAUUAAAAACUAUGAAACAGCUCAAAUACCGGGCAAUUGCGUCGCAUUUAGCCAGAGACAUUCGUUUUUCCGGAGCGUGGUGAGCCGUCAGCCGGUGUUGUUUAAGUCCGCCAUUGCUGCUCAGUCCAGGCUCUCUGCAGCCGGCGACCUACUUCACAAAAGGAAGAGGAGGCGCGAGGGGGGCGGCGGCAGGGAUAGGGACAGCGGCGGCGCGAGGCAGUCGUGGAGCAGGAGCAGACACACACACUCACACACUCACCCUCACGCACACCACCCGGUGCUUCUCGUGCAGCCCAAGUGCUGCAGCAAGCCAAAAACCCAGCACAACCACAACGGUUCAGCUCUGGGCCAUUUCCAUCUUGGGCACGAGUUUUACCUCGACCACGGAGCUCACCCCCAUCCUCACCAGCAGCAACAUGUAGGGGGUUUCCCGGAGAGCUACAGCAGUGACACCGAAUCCAGCUGCUACUCAGAGCGGCUCAACAACGACUCAGACUUCGGCUCCAAUUUAUCCACAAGCAGCAACUCUGGGACCUCUGAUGAGGAGGAAGAUGAGGAGGAUGAAGAGGAGAGCCCGUUGGAGAGUUCUGAGGUCAGUUCUGACGAGGAGAGUUCAUCUCAGUCUGACAGCAGCUCUGUGUCCAGUCAGGUUUCUGUCCAGUCCAUCCGCUUCAGGAGGGCCCGGUUCUCCUCUGUCAACGCAACCAAAAAUAUCACCACUAGAACUCUGCCUAACGCUAAACCUCUGUCCACUACUCUCUCCGGCACUAGAACUCAGUCCAACAGUAUAACUCUCUCGCACACUAAAGCACCUUUGCUCCUGCAGCCUACCUUCCACUACAGCCACAAGCAGCAGCCAUCUAUACCGGUUGUCCAGGGUGGAACCAGCCAGGUGGACUAUGCCAGUCCAAGGAAACAACAGAAAUAUGAGUUUACAGUCAGGGAGGCCAAGCAGGACGCACACACACACAGGUUCAGCUCGCCUGUCAUCCAGGGGUGUUGUUUCACUGAGAGGAGAGACAGGAAGGUUCCCGAGUCCCAGGUCCAGACCCAAAGAGAGAUAAAGAGAGCCGAGCUGGUGUCCAGAACAGUUUACGCACUGAGCCCCUCACCUAACCCCAACGGGAACAAAGCGGUUCCUCCGCACAGGACACCGGGACACGCAAACAAAUGCCCCCCAGUCCUGAGCUCACACUGCGCCCAUGACAAAGACACAAAGCACUCCAAGCCUACAGACAACAACCAGCUUUCAUUAGCUGCAAAUCUAAAGAGAGAGGUGAGAAUUAGCCCAAGCCUGAAACUGCCCUCUCCGCUCAAAACCAUUAAGACUGAGCCGGAAGAGCUCUCAGUGGCCGCGGGUCCCCUCCCCAACAGUGGCAGGGGGGUCAAGACUCCCCCCUUCAACCUGCAGAAUGUGAAAAUCAAAGUGGAGCAAAGCUAUGAUGAAUUCGAAUACAACAGCCAGGCCUCCGGGUUCCACUGCAAAGGAGACGAGGCGGAUAUCAACAAUGGCCAGUACCCCGGCGGCGACAUCAAACACGCUGCUGGCUGUUUCAACAACGAGACCAAAGCCAUUGAAAGUUCUGCUGGGGCUCCCAAGUCCUCAUCCGGCUUGCAGGAAUGCAGGAGCACUCGAGACACCUCUUGUUCGGAGGAGGGGGAGUAUAAAAACGGAGUUGGGGUCAGGAAAAACUGCAAGACUCUGGUUCUGGGGAAGGAGCCUGGAAUUUCGAGGGCGCAAGCGAAACAGAACGUGUCCAAAGUUGACAGGACUUUAUCUUCUCGUCCCGUGGGCAAAGCAGAGAUUUGUGAUGGAAAUAUUGAGCAUCUAACAGGGGCGAGUAAACGAAAACGCGCGUCCAGUAAUGUAGCACCCUCUCUGAAGAGGCCUUUCAGCUUCAUGGCGAAUUUCCCCGCUCCUCCGUCCCUGGUUGUGGGCAUCGACGGGGAUUUAAGCCCAGCUUACUCUCUGAACUCUCUGGGGGGACCCCGACCUCCCACCCGCUCUCACCCCGUGUGGCGGUGGCAGCCUGGCGGUCGGACAGUCCCUCCCCCAUCCGCUCAGAGAAUCAGGAAAUGUUGACGCUUUUUUCUUUGACAAGAACAACCGCAACAACAACAAAAGCCUGGAUGGAAACCUACAGUACCUUGACUACAACAUAAGUCUUAAAGUGAAUGGGAGGCACUAAUGUAUUGCGUCCUUCAGUUGUUUUUAUUUAAAUGUUUUCCUUUAUUUGAUGUUGUGGAUUUAAAACGUUCCUCGUUGUUGUGGAGUUUUAGAUCAGUAAUACAUACACUGCUAUUCUCCAUAAUGCGCGGAUCGUCUUUGAGCCUCUCUUCCUAUGCCACUGGAUGACCUCUCCUCGUGGAUUUAUUCUGACUAACUAAUUCUAAAUAAGCUAUCCACCAUAAGCAAUAGGCUACACGAUUUGGCAAAAUGUGCUUACUUUCAUUUGUAUCGGAUGUUUUUAUGUUUCUGUUCCCCUUGACGCUGGACCCGUUGGAUUGUACCAGGGUUUCAGCUCAACCUGUUGGAUUUUACCAGGGUUUCAGUGAAGUAAACAUUUGUGCUGUGCUGCCUUUGUGGUGAGAGAACGAGAGGGGAAGGCUCCCUCAUAAAAAUCACAGCACUCC